UGGACUGUUGGUGGCGUCUUGACCCGUAAUAAUAAGAAAACCGACAAUAACAAUAGGUGUCUACGCCCCUUCGGGGCUUGACCCCUAAAUAGCUGCAAGCAGCGAUACCGGGGUCAAGCCGAUCAAAGGCACACAGUUAAAUAGGGGUGACUGUGGGCGAUGAAAACCUCAUGAUUUCCUACGAAACAAUAUAGAAAUUAUAAGCAAAAAUACGUGUUAUAUUUCAUUGAAAUCUGUCCUUCCGUAGGUGGCACUAUACGUUUGUAUAGUUCUGGGUCAAUAAAGUAAGAAGACGUGACGUCAAGAUGCGUCAUUGUGGCAGCCAAUGGAAUGACGAGGAGUGCGUCUUUGAAAAGUUAGAAUGAAUGUUAAGAAAGUAGCGGUAGUUUGUAGAAAUACAUUGCAGAGGUUGUCGACGCUGGUUGUGUUUGGUCAUGUUUCUGAAAGUUUAAACAUAUUUCUUGAAAUUCUUUAUAUUGAUACGGUCGUGUAAUGUGUGUGGUUUAAACAGUGAGCGUGUUAGAAAACAUGAAAAUGUUUGAAGUAGAAUUUGUUAGUGUAGAGUUUACUGUAUGUAAACAUGAAUGAGUAGGCCAUUGCAGACGUUGUCGACGCUGGUUGUGUUUGCGUGUGAAGGAUGGAAAGUUCUAAAAGAUCUUUAUACGAAGUGGAUGGGUACAUACACGAUGUGUCCGAUGUGUUGGUGUCAAGAUCGGGCAGCUACUUCACGGCUUUGUUACAGGAGGCAGGAAAAACCACGCGAGUCGUCGUGUUUGAUGUACAAAAACACAACGUGUUCCAGUGUGCUGAGAGGGAUAGGAGUCCAGUAAAGCUUACAACCGUUGGGUUUUCACCAUCUCGUCAGGUGAAAAAUACAAAUGAUGUGACCGUAAACAGCAGGACAAGAAUUUCAGUUGCUCGACAAUUGUCCUAUGUGUUUGAGGAGAACUUGUGCGCUACAACUCCAUUUUUAACUCUUGAAGAAAUCAUAAAAGAUACAAGAGAGUAUCAACGGGUGUCUGUAAAGGUGAAGAUCGUGAGAGCUUUUGAGAGUAAGGACUCUGUUGUACGGGGACAAAGAAUGUCUUUACAAAAUGUGAUUGUCGCAGAUGUGGACCACCUAAUGUUGCUAGCUGUGUGGGGUGUGAAUGACCUUCAGGUUGGAAAAUGGUACAAUGCGUUCAAUUUGUCUGUACGGUUAUUCAAGAAUAAUAUGUCACUGAGCACAACAGCACAGACAACAAUGGAAAAGCUGGAAGACUGUGGGCCAACAAAAGAUUUCGACGAGAGCGAGAUCAAAACUGUUAAUGGUGAAAUUCUGGAAGCAGAUGUGAAGGUUGAACAUUAUUGUCCGAAGCAUCAUGUGCUCGAGAACGUAAACCUUGGCACUUUAAUGACUAGGUGCAGUAAAUGUUCCUCAUAUUGUAAAACAUCCAAGAUCACUGUUGAAAUUCGAGGCCAUGUUGGUGUUUCAAUGGAAGGACAACAAGAGAAAUUUAUAUUUUGUGUGGUGGUGUUUUUUUUUUUUUUUUUGAGAAGGGUUUUAAUGCACCAUUUUAUUUUCAGUUUACUGAAAAUAAAUCCGUGCAAUUUUUAUUGUAGAAGAUUUUAAGAGAGCUUCUUUUGCAUAUACUUGGUAAGUAUGCACCUUUGAUGUAAAUAGUUUUGUGAUGUGUGUUGUAGAAAGUACACUAAUUUGCAUUCCUAGCAUAAGCAUACAAUGUUGUAAUGCAAAUCGAUUUGUGCAAUAUACAAUAUACUGUAGAAGAGUUUUAUACCAGUUUGUAUUACUAAAAAGAGCAAGCAUGCACUUUUUGUUUUGUUAAUGUAGCUGUCUACAAAUAUUGUUGAAGACAGCAUGCACAUGAAGGAAGUCUUCAUUCUAUUUAAUUUUUUAUUUAAAUCCGUGUGUUAACUUUUGAGUGAUUAUUUUGUAAUCCGCACAUCAUCGUAAUGAUGGUUGUUUACGUAUGCCAAGAGACAGUCUGUAAAGGUUUUUUUUUUAAUUUUUGUAAAUGUUUAAGGUUUGCUAAUGUGGAUGGUAUGCCAGUACUAUUGCACUUUAUUAUUAUUAUUAUUUAAAUAUUUUCUAUGUACAAGUGUGUAAGUUUUUAAGUGUUUUUGAAAAGAGGCAUAGUGUGAAUAUAGGUCAACAGUGACCCAUUUUUGUGCAAUAAAUAAUGCUAUUAUAACUGA